AUGUUUCACGAAUCUAUUUUGUUUCUGUUAUUUCUAGGUACAAUCGCACAGCAUUCGGUGUCUAAUCACUUGGAUCGAAAUGAUUCCCUCAUUUUACCCGAUUAUAUCCGAAAAAAUCCCAAUUCCUUUCUAUUAGUUAACCCGAAACAGGUGAAAAUUAUGGAACUAUCGAUUCAACGCUUCCUGUCCAAGAUGGCGGAACCAGUAAAGCGACCAAUUGUAUUGAGAUCGAAGAAGAAUAAUUUACAGUUGACGAUCCGAGAAAUGUGCGAUUCGAUUCGGAAGAAACUCAUGCAGUUUGCGAAAGAUUGCAAUCUGACCAACACCUUUCAACAGUAUAAGCAAACUUCCAGUGAGCUUCCGAUCUCGGAGGAUUGGUUCUCCGAAGCUUUACUACAGAUCGCGUUUUUGUUGCGAGAUGUGGGUAAUAUGAUCAACGAAGUCGAUGACGAAAUUAAUCAAUACUUCGGCGAACGCAACGUGACAUCACGGACGAAACAGCGAUCAAGGAGUCAAUCGGACGAAUUGCAAUUUAUGGGCGUCGUCUACAACGCAGCAGACUUUGGGGAAAGGUUGUCCCAAUGCCUGCUCCGUGUAUCAAGUAUGAAAAGACGCAAAACAUCUUACGAUCUUAACCGUGCUGUUUUAAAUAUAACCAGAAAUCCUCCACGUGUUGCAUUGAGGACCUUCAAGUCGACCUUACGAAGCACUUCGUACGACGAUGUUCCCAAAAAUCCCGCCUACAAAUCGUGGCAAGCGUUUCUGUGCCUCGCGAUGACAGGAGAGCAAGGUACAGAUUACAACGAUUGUAUUCGAGAUCUGCUAAAUCUCAACAAAUGUCUACGAAGCACGAAACAACUAUCGGAGAAUAGAAUGAGAAAAGUGCCAGAUAGAACAUGGAUGAAGGCGAUCAAGCAGUUAAGCGAUUGCAAAGUUUACCCAGGUAAAAAUCGAGAUGACAGAGUGACCUGCAGAUCUACCCGCAAAACGCCAAAAACGGUUAGUGACACUUUCGCGAAGAAGCCAUGGGGUCAAAGGUUCGCCAACGAAUUAUGCCAGUUUUGUACGAUUUAUGACAACGGUUUAAGGAAAUAUCGGAAACUUUCGGUACUCAGAACUAAAGACAAGAAGACCACGAGAAUGCAGGAGAAAGUGUCCAAAGCCAUACAAGUCUACAGAACAGGAAUGUAUGAAAGAAUAUUCGGAGCAAUUUCUGGAUUGCAUCGUUCUAUGACUGACUUCGAGAAACUCCUCGUCAGUGGGAUUAAAAACGUUAUGAAUGAAUCCUGGCAGAGCCACGUGAGAAUCCUGUCGUGUGUGAUGGACUGGAUGAACAGAGUAUUGGAGUUUUCUUCGGACGAAGGAAGUAGAGACGGACAGCAAAUGACAGACACCAGUACAGCAGUGGAAGAAUCGAAUGAAAAUGAUGGCUGGAGCUCAGAAUUUUUCAGAAGUGACGAGGAAGAAGAAAAUCCAUCUCGAUCCAGAGUUGUAUUAAAGAAAGCAGAAGCCUCCGUGAACAAUUUAAUUGAAUCCAUGAACCAUUUGAGCAGACAGCAAAGUUCGAACGACAAUAGCAUGCUGGCUUGUUUGGCGAACAACGUGCUGCUGGUUACAAUGUUCAUGCAAACGUUGGGCUUUGCCAGUACUUUGUUCUGCUUUGAAAAUGGAAUGAAAAACGAAACGCGUCCCCUCGAUGUUGAUAACGAACCGUUGCGUACGCGUCGUUCGAAAUUGUGUGAUGUGAAGCAAUGA